AUGGUGGGCCCUGCGUGGGAUUAUAUAUUAAAGUUUAUCAUCAUCGGCGAUACGUCGGUCGGAAAAUCUUCUUUGCUUGUGCGUCUCACGGAAGAUCGAUUUCUUGUCGAUUCCGAUACGACGAUCGGCAUUGAAUUUGGAUCGCACAUUGUCGAACUUGGUUCGGGAGAGCGUUUGAAGCUGCAGAUUUGGGAUACAGCUGGGAGCGAACAGUUUCGGAGUGUACCUGGGUGUCUUAUUGUUUUCGACGUGACAGAGCGCGCCACAUUUGAGCACAUCCCUGUUUGGCUGCGCGAUGUGCGCGAGCAAGCACAAGAGAAUGUAUCGAUUGCGCUUGUAGGCAAUAUGACCGAUUGCGCCACAGAUGAGCGCGCCGUAUCGCUCGCCGAAGCGAUGGGUUUUGCAAAUGAGCAUGGGUGCGUGCGCGCCACUGCUGACUCCAGACUUUUGUACCGUGAGACCAGCGCUAAAACGGGCGAGGUGCGUGCUGCUGCUAUCUAA